ACCGCCGCAAACACUGCAGAGUUUCAAUGAUUUCGAUAUUUUGAAGUUAGCAUUAUUGUUGCGGGUGCUCCCUGCUGACUGACUAUCUAUCUAUAUUUUCAUUUUGAUAUGUAUUUGGUUAUCUAUCUUUUAUUUUGAUGGCCGUAAUGUAGAUCUAUGCGUACCUCAGCAGCCGCGCAUUCAGGUUUGGCUGCCUGCGUAAGGCAUAUUAUUCAAUAUCGAGGAAAGCACUACACUGACUACACUCUCUGCAGUAAUAAAUGUUUGAGCCUGUGAGUUGGACGGUUGUUCGGCAAGUCCGUUAAGUGAAGCUCCUCUAGAGUAUUUAGGCAAAAUCCCAUUCAUGAAAAUUGUUCGUGUUCCAUCCUGACGAGGAAUACGAAGGGUGGACAUGGAGCACAUUCCUUUUCGUUUCCUGCGCAUCCAGAACCGUCUGUGUUUAAUUAGUUGGCUGUGCAAAUCCCGCUAUGUAUGCACCAGCACACCCCGGUCCGCAGCCUUCGUCAAAUCCAAAAUUAAACAGCUCGUCGCUACCGACAGCAUCAAGGAAGAGAAGACGCGGAAUAUCGGUAUCCUUGCGCACAUUGACGCUGGGAAGACAACCACGACGGAGCGGAUGCUCUUCGCGUCGGGAUUGACCCGUCACUGUGGCAGUGUGGAUUCCGGGGAUACAGUGAUGGAUUUCCUCCCGCAGGAGCGUGAGCGGGGCAUUACUAUAAAUUCGGCGACGAUCACCUUUCCAUGGAAUGGAUACAGAAUAAAUCUUAUUGACACGCCGGGACAUGUGGAUUUCACGGUGGAAGUUGAACGGACGCUGCUAGCGCUGGACGGCGUUGUCAUCAUCCUGGAUGCUUCAAAAGGCGUUCAGGCGCAGACGCUGACAGUUUGGCGACAGGCUGUUCGCUUCGGACUACCCUGUAUUAUUUAUCUGAACAAAAUGGACAAACCCGGCGCCAGUGUUCCGCGAUGUAUUAUGCAGCUGGAGAAGAAGCUGACUUUGAAACCACUACCUCUGCAAGUGCCUUUCGGGGAUGGAAAACAGUUCGCCGGGGCGUUGGAUGUCUUAGAUACGGCUGAGAAUCAGCGGCUGGAGAAUCUGACGGAGUUGAAGAAAGCCCGCCAGUCAGUAUUAGAACGUCUUGCCGAUGUGGAUGAUGAUUUUGCCGAUUUGUACCUGAAUAGCAAGGAGAGCCUGGACCGCGCGACUAUCGACUCCGAAAUCCGCGAGGCCUGCCUGAAACGACAACUAGCGCCAUUACUAAUCGGCUCGUCUCUGAAGAACGUGGGGGUUCCAGCGUUGUUGGAUGCUGUGGUAAAGUAUCUACCAAAUCCGUUGGAGCUGGAGAAACCGAUGGUCAGUGAGCGCUUGAAGAACUCCUCGGGAUUUUACGGAUUGGCUUUUAAAAAUGUCCAUGACAAGUACAAAGGUCUCCUGACGUUUCUUCGUAUUUACCGCGGCAGCUUAAAAUCCGGUGCGUCUAUCUUCAACGUUAACAAGCAGCUGCGGGAGAAAGUGGUGAAAAUCCACGAGGCAUAUGCCGAUGAGCUGCGGGAGAUCGCCGAGGCCACCGAGGGCAACAUCGCCGUGCUAAGUGGGCUGAAGGAGACCGUGACGGGAGAUACGCUGGUUGCCAGUGGGGCGCAUCUCGACGACGCCCCGACAGAUCAGGUGGCCGUGCUGCGUAUCCCCGAUCCCGUGUACUUCUGCUCGGUGGAGACUGAUUCGCCGUCUAAACAGCAGGCGCUUGAGGAUGCCCUGGCCAUUGUGCAGAAAGAAGAUCCCUCAGUCAAGGUUCGCAAUGAUCCGGAAACCGGCCAGCUUGUGCUCUCCGGCAUGGGCGAACUGCAUCUGGAAAUUCUGAAAGACCGUAUUAAAGGCGAGUACGGAUUGGACCUCUACCUGGGACCAAUGCAGGUAGCUUACAAAGAGACCAUCACCGGUACCGAAGAGCACACUCUACAGAUGGUACGGGAAGUGGCCGGUGUCCACAAUCGUGUGGAUAUCCAUCUGCGGAUACGCUCGGUUGCGGAGAGUGGAUUGUUCCGCAAGUGCAAACUGCAGUCGUCGCCGGACAUCGACUGGACCAAAGUGCAUCCGGACACCAAAGCGGUGAAUAAUGGAGUGGCGGCGGCUUUGACGGCCGGCCCGGUGCUGGGCUACCAGGUUAUCGACGUCAAAGUGAACUUGGUGAAAGUGAGCACAGCCCGCGGCACCCUUUCUCCAGUGAUCGCCGCGGCGGCCAGUCAGUGUGUCCGUGAAAUCCUGGCGAAAUCCAGCGCACAACUGCUGCAACCGCUGAUGAAUGUAGCAGUGACCGUGCCUAGCCAGUGUGUCCACGAUGUGUUAGGGGAUUUGGCACGGCGGCACGCGCAAAUCAAGGAGAUCGACGUGCUGGAUGAGGAAGCGCGGACGGUCAACGCGGAGUGUCCGCUGGCGGAGAUGAUGCACUUUAGCCGGGAUAUUCGCACGGUGACGCAUGGUCUGGCGCAUUUCAGUAUCGAGCUGGGACGGUAUGAGCCGCUGGAUGCUGACCGGUUGGCUAAGUUGAAACAUGAUAAAAUGCUCUUCUGAACAGUGGUGAUUUUUGUCGGUGUUUUGUAUAGUUUUGUAGGUUUGUUUUUAUCGGGUUUUAUUUGUUGUUUUCCUUGUGGUAGGAUGUGAAACUUUGUAAAAAAGUAAAACCAGUAAACAGU